CUUCUGAUCCAACUCGAUAUGGAGGAGUACCCGACCGGUUUCAGGUUCUAUCCAACGGAGGAAGAGCUCAUUUCGUUCUACUUGCACAACCAGCUUCACGGCCUUAAGCAAGACAAGAUUCACCGUGUCAUCCCAGUCCUCGACAUUUUCAACACUGAGCCAUGGAAUCUCCCACAGCUUGCGGGAGAGCUGUGCAGAGAAGACAGAGAGCAGUGGUUCUUCUUUGCGCCCAUGCAGGAGAGGGAGGCGAGAGGAGGGCGGCCCAGCCGGAGCAUGGCCACAGGCUACUGGAAGGCCACCGGGUCUCCCGGUUACGUCUACUCGUCUGACAACAAGGUGAUCGGCGUGAAGAAGUCUAUGGUUUUCUACGUGGGAAAAGCUCCCACCGGAAGAAAGACCCAGUGGAAAUUGAACGAGUACAGGGCCAUUGAACUCUCGCCGACCAAUCCCAAUUCCACAAGCAGUAAUAUUUCCAUUCCUAAGGUGAACCUGAGGCGUGAAUUCACAUUGUGCCGAGUGUAUGUGGUGUCCGGGAGCUCUCGAGCAUUUGAUCGCCGGCCACCGGAAGCGGUGGUUGGAGAGACAACAAUCCAGGGUGGCGACGGCACUACUAUUAGCGGAGGAGGUGGAUGUGGAGAUGCAUCAUCAUCAGGAGUACUAGCAGCCAAUGCAGGAAGUUCCCAUCAGUGGGAGACGGCAAGUUUGGAAGAACCAAUUUGGGAUUGGGAGCAACUGGAUUGGCUUUAAUUUCAUGUGAUGUAGUCAUUUGGUUAUGUGCACUCAUAUGUAAAUCUACAUGUAACCAAUCUUUCCAUCA